AUGGUUGGCCAAUAUGAAGCUGCUAUCGAUAUCAGCAAAGUGCCUGGAAAACAUGACCUAGAAGAGGAUGGUGAUAAAAAUAAUGAAUAUUAUUAUCAAGAUGGUAAAGAAGGGAUAAUUGUAAUCCUCACCGAAAAUCUUCCAAAAGCUCCUGGAUACAAGAAACUAGAGUACAAACCAGAAGACCAAGUUGUAAAGAUUAAAGGGAUUAAGAAGGGAGACACUCCUCAGAAUGUGCUUCCUAACCCUUCUGGAUAUUCCAAUGUCACAGAGGUGGCAGUCUACUACUGGGAACUUGAUUCUAGCUACAGCAACCCUCUCCUAAUUCAACUUGUUAAACUUGGUAUUGAUGAAGAAUACUAUACGUCCACUCCUGAGAACCCAAACUAUUGGACUAAACAAGGGGGUAUAAAUAAUAGUAAUUUAAAGGAUAGGCUUGACAAGCAGAACUGCAAGAAUGGAGUCCAUACUGUAAAAAUUUCGUACAAGAUUCGUGGAACUACCUCGUAUAGUCUUGGUUACUACUGUCCAGUUUGUAAUCAGAGAAUUACGGUAAGCUAUCUUGAUCCACCUGAUCAUGACCAUUAUCACUACUACUCACACACUAUUGGACAUCCUGGUUCUUCGUCCUCAAUCUCAGUUUCUGGCUUUAAGGACAAAGAUAAUUAUCAAGUUGGACUCCCACCUGUUAAAGGUGCCCAGUUUAUAUCUGUCUACUGGAGACAGUUUACUGGUAAGCCUCUUCUCAUUGCCUACCAACAAAAUUAUAAUACAACUUAUUGGUUCAAAAGAAAUGCUAGUGAUGGCAACACUUGGAGUGAAGUAUCCCCGAAUUUGAUACCUGAUCCUAGAGAUACUAGUCACUAUAGGAAUAAAAUCAAAGAGCUCCUAGACCUUAAGGAAUAUUACCCUAAACUUACCCCGGAUUUAUCUAAGAUAGAUAAAUAUUCCGAUAGUAGUGGCAUAAGUAUAAUUGUUAAAGUUGUUUCUCGAGGUGCUUAUAUAAUUGAGCACUCUCUGAAUGGCCAACAAUUUAAACUUGAUAAAGUUAAGCACAAGAGCAAGGUUCUAAAAGGUAUAAGUUCUGAUUAUCCCUUGAUUGGCGUUAGAGCUUAUUAUGACAAAGAUGGUAAUCCUGAGACUGAAGAUAAAUUUGACUUGGUUGAACUUGCUGUUCAAAUACUUGAAAGUGGGAUUCAUUAUACCAGAUAUAUAUACUACGGAAGACCUACUACAACUAGGGAAAACUCAUGGUACGCAUUUCUUAACUUAGGCACUCGGCCUAGUGAGGAAGAUCUGAGGAAGGAAGUAGAUAGAAUUAAUGAACUGAAAGAUAAGAAAUACAGUAUGGAUGAUAUUGUUAAGGCAUCUCUAAAAGUUGCUAAACCUGGAGUUGGUGCAGGAGUCGCUGGAUUGGGUACAUGGAAACUAUGGUCUGUACUCGCGACUCUAGUUUGA